CCCAGUCAAAUAUGAUAGGGCAAAUUAUACCUGAUCGCAAAAAAGAAAACUCGCAAAUUCACAAAAUUUAGAUUAUACUGGCCACAAAAUGGUUUAGCAUAUAAUGUGUUAGGUAUACGGUUGACAGCCAUGUUUAGCAAGGUUGACGCUCAUCAGAAAAAUAGUUUCCUUGAGCAAACUAAGGCACAGAGGGAAGAGAGAGCAUUAGAGAAACUGCGAGAAAAAUCUGCAAUUAAAAUUCAGAGUGUAUAUAGAGGGUACAAGUCCAGGCAUGACUUGAAACUACUGAUAAGGAGAGAUAUAGAGAGUUUGUUAAACAAGCCUGAGGCAGAAGAUGGUGAAUACACUCCAAAUUUCAAACCAGCACUUGAAGUCUACAAGCUGAUCAGGGGAUUCCUGUUCACUUACUCUGAUGGCGAGGAUAAUCAGCAUCUGGAGUUGCUAUGCAGAUACUUGUUGGCCACCAUGGAUUCAGAUAACCUCAAGGUAUCAUAUGUGUCAGUGGCCUUGUUAAAGCAGUUUGUGUUACCAUGGAUACAGCAGGUUAAGGACAUACUCUGGAAGUGUGUCAUACGCUUAAAACAAUCUAAGCCGGAGAAUCAUGUGGAUGUGAAGAUGAUGAUGGUGUAUCUAAGAAUGUUGAUAACCUUCACCCAUACAGCUACAUGGAAAAUCAUUAAAGGAAAAGGUGAAGGCCUGACAGCUGGUAUGAAUCAACUGUGUAACAACAUCAUGGGUCACUUAAACAACAAAGGUCUUUACCCAGCAUUACAGAUCCUGCUAGUAAGAGGCCUGGCUAGAAGUAAACCUGCCUUCACUAAAACUUCACUAUCAGCUGUACUCACUAUAUCUCUCAGGCCAUUGUUAGCUGCAAACUUCUCGGACAAUCUGUUGACACUGUUUGUAUUAAAUAUUCUAUCAGUACCAGCUUUAGUACACCACCUGUCUACAACAGCACCUGAUUGCCUGACCCUCCUGAUCACCAACAGAGUGUUUAAGAGGUCAUUAGAUCUACUGACAAAUGAACAAAGUACUCGGAUAAUCUUCAACUCACUUGAGGGAAACUAUGCUCUAUGUUUGCUGGCAAACUUGAUACAGCUGGGUUACUCAGAGUUAGAAGGUUUGGUUGAAAAUACAAACAGCUUUAUGACUGUAACUAUACGUUUACUAGACAAGUGUAAGCAUUAUGUACAGAACAAGAGGUCCAAUCUGACACACUGGCAUCCUGUACUGGGAUGGUUCUCACAGCAGACAGAUCAAGGUUUACAUGAGGCAAUGCCGUUUGUUGUGAAGCAGUUACAGAUACUCUGGUGUAGUAAGAUGGUUCGCUUGUUGUUCUUAGAACUCAUAGACUACGUGGACUAUGCUAAGGAAAUAGACUCACAAAAAGCUGCCUCUAAAGAUAGAGGUAUUUUAAAGAAGGCUUUAGAUAAGGCAUCCUCUAAGAAUACUGUAUCAAAGAUUAAACUAGGGAGCACUAUUGCCCAGUCAACUUGCCUGCCUUGUGCCUUGUACCAGUGUGCGAUGAAUACUCUGUCACAACUCAGACUCGAUAUAGUCAGUGGUUUAAGUUACAAUGAGAUUUUACUUCCAAUUCUGUGGAGAUUCCUUUGUGAUAUGGGACCCAACUGUGGGCUCAAGGUGUUCCUGGAUCUGUUACAACAGACACCAGAGAGUACCAUUCAUCCAGUGUUUAGUCUUCUAACUCUGUUCUCUGAAGCUGCAUCCAACUAUAUAUGCACCUUGGAUCACAUAGAGAUGUUUGAACACCAGAAGUUAUUUAAAGUUGAAGAUUAUAUAAAGAUGAGUGAAUUCCUCAACCUGUUUGUGUUUCGAGUUAUCUGGGGUGGCCUUAUGUCCAUCAACACAGCCAGUAACAGUGAAGUGUUUACGUCAGCUCGAGGGUUGUUAAUGAUCUUGUAUGAGAGUGACAGUCGUAGAAACUAUGCUCCCAGAGAUCACUGGCUUAUCAAAGAUGUAAAACCUAGCAGUUUCCUCAGUGAGUUAGAUAAAGGGAGAAAACCUGCCCAGUUUAUCCUGCAGAAAAUUCCACACAUCAUUCCAUUUUCAGAGAGGGUGAAGAUAUUCAGAAAGAGUGUACAGAAGGAGAGAGAAGUGUUGGGUCUGUGUGAGUCUAUCAGUGCUACACCACAGUCAACUCUCAUCACAGUACACAGAAGCAGGAUAGUGGAGGAUGGUUACAGACAGCUUGCACAGCUUCCUCCACGUGCUAUUAAAGGUGUGAUUAGAGUGAGAUUUAUCAAUGAACAAGGACUGGACGAGGCAGGCAUUGACCAGGAUGGAGUGUUUAAAGAGUUCCUGGAAGAAACAAUUACCAAAGUGUUUGAUCCGUCCCUGAAUCUGUUUAAGGUGACCAGUGAACAGAAGCUGUACCCGUCAUCUACCUCAUACAUCCAGGAAAACCAUCUCUUCUUGUUCGAGUUUGUUGGGAAAAUGCUGGCCAAAGCUGUUUAUGAGGGUAUUAUUGUAGAGGUCCCUUUUGCUCCAUUCUUCCUGACCCAGAUCCUUGGUCACAGUUUCAGCUCCACAUAUAGUUCUCUUGAUGAACUGCCAUCCUUGGAUCCUGAUCUAGCUAAGAACCUCACCUAUAUCAAGCAAGUGUUUUCUUUCUUUCAGGAUACUGGAGACACAGUCGGCAGCGUUCUGAAGGGAUUUUUCAACAUCAAAAAGCGGGACCCAGUAGGACGUCUCCCAACUUCAUCCACAUGUUUUAAUUUGCUCAAACUUCCAAAUUACCAGAAAAAGGCAACAUUACGGGAGAAACUAAAAUAUGCCAUACAUUCUAAUACAGGAUUUGAACUAUCUUGAUACAUAGUUGUGAAUUUAACUUUAAUUUAUUGCAGAUAAUGAAAUCUGUAUGAUAAUCACCUUAAAAAGGUGUAAAACUGUGUUCAUGUGUCAAAUUUGGCUGUUUAGUGGACAUUUUGUAUUUGUUUAACAGAAAUGUUUAAAACUUCAUCACAUUUUGAAGAGAAAAAUGUUUUCUCUUUAUAUUAUUCAGACUGUGGACACUUACUGCUAAACUUUCAUCAGAUGAUUAGAAUUAUGCAAAACAUUGUACCAGCUAAAACUCAGGAAGAAUAUACCAUGAUAGGAAUUUGAUUGCAAAGUGAUGGUAAAGAAAUGCGUUUUAUAAUUCAAAGGAAAGGAUAAAACAGAAACUGAAUUUAUAUUUUGUGUGUCUAGGACAAGCUGUGCUGUGAAACAGAGAUAAAAUAUGGUGCAUAAUGUGACACUGAUACUUAAGAAAAAGGAAAUAAUGAAAUAUGAUAGGUAAGGUGACAUUGAAACCAAGAGGAAAGUAAUGAAAUAUGGCACACAAUAUGACAUGGUACCUGAGAGACAGGAACUUUGUAAGAAUCCAUUCAAGGAUGGAAGGAUAUCAAUAGAAGUGUGAUAAGAUGCAGGAAUCUGUAUUGACGAAGAGGCUGUGGUAUGUAGGAUAGAAUAAGGUCUUGUGCAGGUCACAAAUUAUAAGUUAUUGUAUAGAUGUGUUACUGUAAAUAUAGAUCCUCUAUAUAUAAUUUUAUAGUAUAGAUUAAGAGUGCAAGGAAAACAACUUGCAUUUUAAUGUGGUUUUAUGCCAGUUGUUUCAGAUUCUAAAUGGCAUGUCUCUUAAAAUGAGAAAUAUUUGUUAUUUAAAAUGUAAUUAGACUCUGUAUUUUACCUUUAAUGGUGAACACAUUCAGAUUGAAAUAGAUUUUUUCAAAAUUUAGAAAAAAUGUACUUGAAAAUAAUGCCAUGAUAAAUUAAUUGCUUGAUUAUCAUUUCUAAUUAUUGAUUUGUCUGCUACUUUGACCCUUUUUAUUUUGUAAAAAAAAAAUGUUUUAAGAGUUUUUCAGAUAAUAUUUGUAUCUGCAUCCUGUUUCAAAUCCUUUAAAAUUUAGGUGAUAAGCAAGCAACUGAUAUAUAAUGGCCUUAAUACAGCAUUUUUACUCUAAGCCUGCAACCAGUGAUUCAGCCUUUGCAACCAAUGCAGACCCAAGAUCAGCCUGAACAUCAUGGUCUGCACUGGUCAUUAUUCAGUCAGUAUAUUUUCAGGGAACACCCCUGUGGUACAGCCCAGUUUGAAUGAUGGACCAAUCCAUUUUAGAAAUUUAGCAGGCUUAAGGUUAAAAAGCUGAUAGAAUUAGAAUUGAUAAAGAUUGUUUAAUUUGCAUGAAUGUUGCCUUGUCAGAGGUGUGCAUACUGCAGUAUGAAUGGAAAAGUCUCUGUGAACUACACAAUUUUUAAAGCAGUUUUUCAUACAUGGUUUUAUGUCUUGUGUAGAUGUCAAUACCUUAAAAACAUAUGUCUCAUCAAAAUGUCUCACUUCUAUAAAUUUUUAAAGUGGAAGUCACAAACUUAAAGUGUGUACUUUUCUUGAAUUUUCAAGGAUUCAGUCUUUCGUGGUUUCAUAAUAUAUAUGUUUUGGCUAGUGUUCAGAUGAUAUAUAUAUAUUCUUUAUUAAAGUCUCAUUCUUGCAUACAUUAUACAGUCAUUAAAAAAAACAAACAUAGUUUAUACACUAUGAAAAAUUUGCAAGACCAUUCUUCAGCAGAAUUAUAAGAGACUAUCAAUAUUCACAUAAUUAGUAAAACUAUGAAAUACAAUUGCUCUAGUAAUUAAGUUUAAAAACUUGACCUGAUGGUGCUAAUCCUGACUUAACUAUCUAACCCGAGCAAGCCUAAAAACUCCAUAAGAAAUUUACAUAAAAAGUGAUUAGCAAAACUGGCACAAAAAUGCACAGCUUAAAAAAUGGAUGUAAAAUAUCAGUUAUUACCCCUGAUCAGAUCAGGCAUAAACUGAUUAGCACCAUCCUCUCAAACUAUAUACACUUAAAUUUCCAAAUAUGACUACAUUAUCUGCAAUACUGUAGAUAUAUUGCAGAGUGAGGUUACCAAUCAAAAGAAAAAAGGAGAAUCUGACAAACAGAAUACUCUACUUUCGUUAGUAUAAAUUAUGACUGAGGCAAGGGAAGUAACUUUCAUAAUUCAAAUGAAGAAGUUACGGGUGAUUUACUUCCCCUGAUAACAACAAAAAAAUGAUAAGUAUGGUUGUUUACAAGUAAUACGCCUGAAGGGACAAAAUUAAUUAUAUUAUACCAUGGUGUCUGUCUUUCUAUCCAUUAGCAAUUUCGUGUCCGCUCUAUAAUUCUUGAACCCCUUGAAGGAUUUUCAAGAAACUUACACGAAUGUUCACCACUUUGAGGCGACAUGCAGAGCGCAUAUUUCAGAUGGCUCUCUUCAAAAUUAAGGACACAUUUAGAGGUCAAAGGUCUUCAGACAUUGUUUCAUGUGUAUAUUGCUCUGCAUUGUGGUGCUCUUGCUUUUAUUUGGCAUGCUUUAAAUUUUACUCCUAUCCUCUGAUAUAAAACUUCGGUCACACCUAAGGGUCAAAGGUUAUACCUUGUGCGUAUAUUCUGCAUAGCAGUACUCUUGUAUAUUAUGUAAAGCAGCACCUAACAGUACAACUAAUGUGUAUUAAGUGGUGUGUUAUUGUUUUUGACUUUUCAAAAGAGCCCUUGGCUUUCUGCAGGGGCAAUAUUACCUUAAUAUCUCGUAAACUUCCGAGGUAGUCUAGUAUAUGUUUAGUCUCUUUCCAUAAAUAAAUCAAAUAAUAAUGAUAAUAAAUAAAUUGAACAGAUUAGACCCUGUGGCAUUUGAUUCAAUGACAUGUUUGACAAGUACACUCUGUCCUUUUUAAGAAUUUUAACUUAAUAAUUCUACUUGAGAAUAUUGAAAGAAAUUAAAUUAUUUUAUGUCCCGAAAACCUGUUUUUAUAACUAGAAAUUAAAUCUAAUAAACCCACAGAAAAAAAAAAAAAAUGUACUUGAAUCAUGUUGAAAACUAUUUAUAAGUAUCAAUAAUUACAAGAAAACCUGACAUUCAAGCCCACGUGUCUUCUUCGCAGCAGGCGUCCGAAAAUCCGUCUGACCAGUCCCAAAAGCUUGGAUCUUGUCGUUCCUCCCUUUUGACUGGUAAUGCUGGCACCAAGACGUCGUACAGGGCAUCGAAGACAGCCUCCAAGGUGACGAUUUCCCAUCAGUCUUCUGAGGCGUGCCAGGGACAUCAGUGAAUGUCGAAACCUCAAUGCCUGUACUCCUGGAUGAAAGACUUUUGCGCCCUCUGUAAGAAUAAGGCCGUUAUCAGGUUUUCGUUAA